CAGCAAGCAGGAAGGAACACUUUGACGCCUCGUUGGUGUUUAUGUGAAACUUUCGAAAUACGACUGAUAAUUCCGUCUGAAGGGAAUUUCUUGGAGUGGAGCGGAGAAGUGAGAGGGGAGGUCCUCUCGCGUUUUAGGGAGCAGAUGUGCGAGAGUGAGAGGAGGGGUACAAACACAACCAGAAACACACACACACACCGUUCAAGCUGGCAGCACAGACCUUUGAGUGGACGUCUUUAAUUUUAGCGACCAACGAAUGUGAUACCAAGCACCCGGGAGCGGCUGUUGAUCCCUACACAAGUGGGAGGUUUUGACCUGCGACUCAACUGAAUUGCCAAAGACCAAAAGAUGUAGCGACUCGCGCCACACCAAGGAAUGAAUUUGGGGUCGUCACAGGUUAUCCACUGUCAGCGAGAUGUCAGCACAGCCAGCUUGGUGAAAGCAGAGUGUUAGUGGACGGGCCUGGGAUCUGCGCAGCUCCUCUGCUUUCGGCCGGGUGACACUCUGCUCAGCGCCGCCUGCGCGUCUCAGCGCCCGUCUCCACAGUUGCGAGAUAAGCAGAGGCAGAGACUCUGCCAGUCAUGUGGCUUUUCCUCGUACUCACUCCACAUCAGAACUCUUGAGGUCUGAUUUGCUAGGCUGCCAGAUCGUCAGUUCACAAUGAAAGUAAAGAGAUGAGCCUGCAGCAAGCAGCCCUGUCAUUGCACUUCCUGCCAGUGGAUGUUUGCUGAUUCAUGCAAUCCAGAAGACGAUGGCUCUGUCACCCAAACACCUCAUCUGAGAAGCGGACAUUCAAAGCACUCAUUGUGCACCAUGGCAGGAGAGACCCAGCGAAUGCAUGCUGUCAAAGAGCUGGGCGCUGAGUCCAAACUGCAGGAUGAGGGGACAGCGGUGCAACAGAGUGACAAAACCACAAAGGAGUCUUCGGAGCACUUUUCAAUUGCAGACACUGAUGCCAGAGCCAGCAGCAGAGGCCCCAAGCUUGACAAAGUAAAAAAGGAGCGUAACAGUACUCAGCAACGUGAGGCUGUAAUACGGCCACAGCAGGCAGGAAAAAUUGACUUCAGAUCAUUGCAGAACAGAUCAAAGUUUGCCACUGACAGAACCUGGUCCAGUGGGAAAGGAAGUCCCCAAUCACCAAGUGGAAAGGGGCGCGGCAGAGAGAAGAGCAAGCGGUCUGGAAAGUCAGAGCGGAGCAACCCACAGCACCUGUAUAGUCUCAGCAUUACAAACACUCGCUCCAACCUCAACAUUGGGAUCGCCUACCCACAGCAGAAGGUUUCACCAGCAACAAAACUGGACACUGGCCGUGGCCCAGUCUCGAGCAGCUACAGAUUCCAAACUCCCAGUAUACCAGAGAGAGAGGUUGAGAUACAGCAAGAAGAGCUCAACUAUAGCCGCUGUUUCCAAGAGGCUUCCUCGAUCCUUACCUCUCCAAGUUAUACCUCACCGGCACUGGGAUCUUCAAGUGGGGCCCCAUCCCACCAACAUCUCCCACUGUCACAGAAACAGCAGCCUGCCACAAUGGAGCACAACAGUGCACAGUCAGGCGGUCAGCUGAUCUUGACUGACUUUCAGCUGAGUGCAUCUAACACGUGGCAGUCUCCUGAGAGGACUUUUAAUGGUGCUACCUAUGCUUCAUCGCAAAAAUCCACUGCUCAUACAGACAACAAGACAAAUGCCCUUGGGCCUAGCUCAUUUCAGUAUGGAUAUAGUUUUCUGGAAGAGUCAACCUCUGACUCUUUUCCCUGUGAACAGAACCCGCAAUCCCAAGACUUUACAGACUCCCCCCUUGGUUCUGUUCAUGGGCCUCAUAAUUCAUAUUCCUUUGUGUCUGUCGAGGGGCCAAACCUUGCUCAAAACUGCACUAAGUUCAGUAAUGAACAGCAGCCGGAGCCCAGGAGCUCUUAUCCUCACACCCAGCACUCACAGAUUAUUCAAGGGGUGGUAGCCUCCAUUCAGGGCCCCAGGAAUAUGAGUGAGGACUCGACCAGCAGUGAUAGCUCCGCUUCUAUCUCACAGCAGCCGGCGCAGGGGAAGAACGCCCUGCCAGAGAAAGCAAACGGUCUUGGGCAGGUCGAUGUUAAAGAUGCUGCCAUCACCCCUGGGAGCACAAGGAACUGUCACCUGAAUGACACACCUGCCAACCAAAGAACACAAGCAAGUGUGCACCACACAAGAAAUAUUCCACACACACAAAUGCACUUUCUUAGCAAGACAUUAAACAGUUCAGCAGUCAAUCGUGUUCACACAGGCUCAGUGCAAUUUGAUAAAAACAGCAAUAAUAAUGUUUUAAAUGGGUUACCACAAUCCUGGGAGGGGCCUAGUAAGCCAAUUUUACCAGUGGACCAAAACUCAAAUCAGUACAGUGACAUGACUGACAAGUUUCAGUUUCAGAACCAUUCGGCACCUGACAAAAGGCUAAAUGUAUCUAAAGACAACAGAAUGCAGUGGCAACAAACCCGGCCAGCAGCCAAAUUGAGUUACCAAGGCAAAAUAAGUAAUCAGAAAGUUUCCUACAUGGUUUCUGCUUCAGAAUGGCAGGAUGAUAAUAAAUCACAUAAAAAUAGUUCGCUAAAUAUCCCCAGUUCAUUUCAAAGCAGCAAAAAUAGCGAAGGUUUUUCGAACCAAAGACAGGAGGCUGUCAAACAGGUCUCGACUUUCAAAGUAGAAAUGAGUCAUGCACAACUAUGUGAAUCCAAAAAUAAGGCUUUAUAUUUUGGACUCAACCAAACUAUUCCCAUAUCAUCGUCCAGGAACUACAGCUAUUCACCAUUACAAGUUGCACCCAUGGGCCUUAUGAUGGUUUCGCCUUACGACUCUCCUUUGCCCUCCCCAGCUCAUACCCCUGCAUCCAGUAGUACCUGCUCUUCCCUCUCCCCAGCAUCCACCAGCCCAGUCAACACCACUUCUGAGGAUAGUCAGAUGUCAAAGUCAGGAGGCCCUGUCCCGUUUUAUCACCAGCCCCAGUCCAAAACCGAUCACCUAAACACUCGUCACCAUCAGUUUCAUGUCGACGGUCAAAUAAACAUUCCUUAUCUACCAGACAGAGAAAAAGACAACAUGAUGGGCUACCUGCACAGCAACGGAAGCAAAGGUUACAUGGACAGUUAUGGGAUGGAGCAUCACCAGCCUCCCCCACCUUACUCCGCACAUCAGCUGUUCGCCACCUCAUUAACCACUGCAAAUCUUGACCAGUUAGAUGUACUUCUGACUUGUAAGCAGUGUGAUCAGAAUUUCAGCAAUGUUGCUUCUUUUCUAGGACAUAAGCAAUACUGCACACAGCCCAACAUGCCAAAGAUAGAAGACAACAGGAAGUUCCACACAGAACCACCAAAAGCAGUGUCAUCUUCACCAAAUGUUUCAAUGUCAAGAUGUCCUUCUGACCUUCAUCUUUCUCUUUUGGGCCUUAAUAAGAAUGGAGAACUGAUGUCAGACAAUGAAGCAAAAGUUGACAGCAAGGAUGAUCCAAUGAAACUCAACUUGUUCUCUGGGUCAAGCAACCUCCCCGUUCCUCUCCCUGAACUGGAAAUUGAGGAUGCCAAGUUAGACAGCUUAAUUACAGAAGCUCUGAAUGGGCUUGGCUAUCAGUCAGACAAUGCAGAGAUAGACAGUAGCUUUAUUGAUGCAUUUGCUGAUGAUGACCUCAACACUGUCAAAGGAACCUCGAACAAACAGUGUGUUAAAACAAAAGAAUCUGUUUUAGUUGAGAACAAAGAAAAACAAGCAGCCCUCAACAGCAGUUCUUUGACAGAGGAAAAGUCUCUUUAUGACUCAAAUGUUGGCAGCCCUAAGACAAAUAAAAUAUACAGUGACAAACUUGCGAAAACACCUCUGAAUUUUGAGCGCGAUCAGAAAAAAACAAGCACAAAGAAAGAGAUCUCCCUUAAAAAUCCCAAAACUGCCUCAAGGGAGAAGAUGAAGGAGCAUGAGAGUAAACUGAAGGAGGCAAGAAAGCUGUGCAAAAGUGACGAUGAAAGCACAAGCACUCCAAGAUUUCUCUUAUCCAGCAGGUUCUCUGAACACUGUGCUUUCAAAAGCAUUCAGGACAGAUCUGCACUUCGCGCGGCAAUGCCCAUCCAAACCUCCACAUCUCCAACCCCAAGGACCGCAGUGAAAGAGAGCAAGAGGAGAAGCACCGGGGGUGGCACCUGGAGCAAAGAACUCAUACAUAAAAUAGUUCAACAAAAAAACAAGCUCAAUGUUAAAGGCAGCAAAAACCUCCAGUUUUCCUUAGUGAUGGAAAGACUGACCCCCACUGUGCAGAACCCUGCAUUCGGAGAGUACGACUAUGUUUCAGACUCAGAUGAGGAAUGUGGGCCAGUAAAGAUAGCUAGCCAAGGCCGACUGAACCAAAGUAGUCGGUGUAAAUACACAUACACCAAAGAGUGCAAAUGGAGAGCUCGGAGUGAGAGGGACCAAGCAGCUUGGAGGCGUGACUCAAACGAGUGUUUUGAGGUGAAGAAAAGUGAGGAGAUUUCUCUUUCACCUGAGAAACAUGGUUCCCCUCAGAGACUCAAGAGGAGGGGUAGUAGGUCCUCUACAAGCAGUGAACUCAGCACAUCGGUGAGUGUUUCAAGCGACAACAUGAACAGCCCUAAAAGCACUGACCGCAUUGAAUCAGACUGUGAGAAGAAGGCCGACAUUAAAAAAAAAGAAUCUCCGGACCAGAAAAACAAUGAAAGGCCCUCCCCACAGAAGUCAUGCAACGAGACCAGCACACUAGCACUGACGUUCACAAAAUCUUUGAAGAGGUGUAAUUCUGACAAAACCAAACUCUUUGACAACAAAGAUAGUACAGAAAAUUCAACAACCUCAAUUCCACAUGCAGGAAUUGUUGACCAAAGGCCAUCCUCAUCAGUUACAGCCUUUGAAAAAAUAACAUGCAACAAAUCAAGAGAGCUUAUGUCUAACAGCAAAGAAAAUAUCCCAACAGUCACUUUGUGCACAAACACACUACAAAGCAUGGACAAUCUGUGCCCCAAAGAAGAACAGAGCCAGUGUUGCAGUGCAGAUAACAAACCAUUGCAGUUUAUUUCACACUCUCCCACUAGCAACAAAGAAAAAGGUUCCAAUACUGGCAAGAGUAAAAAGGGCAAAAGAAGACAGAAGCCACGCUCUACACAGGCAGAGGUGUCAGGCAGCACUACGUUUGAGAAACAGAGUGACAGUGUGUGCAUGGCGAAGGAGGCUAUUGCGUUAGUCAAUGAGCUAGACACACACAAACCUGCAUCUCUUUGCACCUCCCUGAUGGAUGAAGUGUGUCUGUCACCAAACCAAAGCCAAGCUCCCUUGAUACAAAAAGACACACUCCACCUCAUGCCCUACACUCUGGAUCAGGAUCAGGGGCUCAUGAAGUCCCCUCUUACAUUUGACACUUCAUCCAUGUUUGGCGACCUAGCAGCAUUCGACAGCGACCUUUACUCAGACAUGCCGAUUCAGAAAGAGGGUUUCCAUUCAUUAGAGAACACAACGGACAAAAAAGAUGAGUUUGUGCCCUCGUUUUCUCCUUUUCUGGAACAAAGAGACUGGAACCUAAUCGUAAGCCCAGUGCUACCAGAUGAGAUCUCUCAGUAUAAAGGCAAUUUUGAUAAAUCCGACGAAAAGAAAUCAGAUUACAAUGAUGUGGCCUUGUCUCUGCCAGAAAAAAUAAUUGACUACAGUGUAAAUCUUAAUAGCUGUGCCUCUGAGGAUGAAUUGGAAAUAAAGCGAAUUGUGAACGAGCUUGAAAACCAGCUGCAGACAACUAAAUUGGAAACUCCACUCACCCAAGAGGACCCAAAGCAGCUGCAAAUGAGUAAAUUCUCACCUUUACGGCUGAGUGAAGAGUCAGAAAAUGAUACAGUAGAUGCUCCAGUGCCUUCCGAGCCCUUUAGUGAACCAGAACUUCCAUGGACAAGUCCAUUCCACUUCAACCUGGUGAGUGGACACCACAGUCCCCACAGUGGUAUUCACAGUGAGCCGGGGGCCCUUGAGCAUUAUGCUGAAAAAGACAGUGAUGCUUCAGAUGUAGUAAUCACAAGCUCACAACUCCAUAAUGACCACAAGCCAGAGGAGAGAAAUGUCAAAAAACACACUGCUAUUGAAACAAAAGAGGAUGUCUUAGAACAGACACAAUACACAGAAAACCUGAUGAAAAGUCUUGAGGUCAUGUCUGACUCGCUAUUCAAAAAUGAAUCCAUUAUAUCAGAACACAGGGAGCCAAAUGCCACCUCUCUCACAAGUCCACAACAAGAGAGUGAGUGUCAUUCAGCUAAGGGAGAGGAUCACAGUGAAAAGGAGGCAAUUACUGGGAAGCAGAAUAUAUUUUCACCUUCAAAUAUCAAGGAGCAGAAGGACGAUAUUGAAUUCAUUCUUCAAGGGUCAAAGUCAUCUCUCCCUCACAGAACUGACCACAAAGUCUAUGUAAACGAGAUGGAAUUAAUUUCAGAUGGGAAUGUACCUGAGAUGAAUACACUGAUUGAAUCUUCUCAUUGCUUAAGCAUGGCGGAUUCACAUGAAGGUGAUGACUCUAACACAGAAACAAAUGUGAAUGAGUUACCUGCGAAUUGUGACAGCCCACCACAUUUGACAGACAGUUAUCAGGAACCAGAGGCAAACAUUCCUUCAUCAGCAACUCUCCUUAAAUCAAGUGUAGACAUUCUCAAGUCCACAGAAGAUGUGAUUGCCAAUGGUGAAAAAUUGAAAUGUGAGCACCCCGAAAGUAUCACUGAGAACGGACAUUGUUUAGUUAAGAUUCACAAUGUUAUCCCAAAUUCUGAGUUAUUAGUAGACAUUGUCACCACAGAUAAGCCCUGCAGCCCAAUUGUGGUGGAAAGCAACACAGAAGGUACCCAGAACAGCGUAACAUUCCAUGACAUCCAAUCAAUAGGACAGAACAGUCUGUUGGUCCUUAGCCAGAGGGAAAGUCUCAAUAAUACGGAUGCUAAAAGUUAUCCCUGCAAAGCUCUUCAGCAUAAUGACUCAUUGAAAAGUGAAUCCAGCCUAUCAUUUAAUGCAAUUCAUAAAAAAGAAGACCUUUUAGAUGUUCACAACAUUAGAGAAGAUCUACCUGUGGACUUCAUGGCAAGCCACCUGAACUCACCAUGCAGAGAGGGAAUAGAGGGAGAUCAUUGUACCUUUCUACCCACCUCCUCACCAGUCAGCCCUAUUUUAGCACAACAGGAAGAAAUGGCCAUACAAGAAGAUAGUCAAUAUAAUGACUCUGUUGACCCAAUCCAAAUUCAAAGAACAAGAUUACCUGGUGCCAAUCCUGAAUACAACACGGAGGUAGCCAUCAAGACAACAGAAGAGAUGGACUAUUCUUCAACUAGCCCACCGCACCUGGAACUCCCUAAUUCUAACACCAACAUAAAUUCUCCAGCUGCUCUGUGCAGCAGAGUUGAACAAUCAAAAAGCUUCGACAAAAGCUAUCCUUCACAUGAUUUAGAGCUCAGUCCUCUGAAUUACAAAAACAACUUAGAUGAGCCUCCGCAACUGACUCAAUAUGACUACAUACCAAUCUCACCAGCAAGCAAAUUGGAUGACAAUCAUGAAAUAAAACCAGGUCACAGCGACGAUGGUGAGCAAUGCUUUACUCCGACAUUGAUUUUUAACAAACCAGUCACUGACACAACAUUGACGCCAAACACAGGAGGGGCAAAUAAAAUAAGUUCAUUAAAUGAACCACUGUUCAUACAAGACAUAUGUUUGGGUCUUGCAGCUGAAAUCCCAAGCACAGAUUCCUCAGCUGGUAAUGAGGAUGUGGAGGUUAGGCCCGAUCCCAGUGACUCAAUCAAAAUGCCUCUUAGAAAGUUUGAAUCAUCAUCGUUAGUAGAGGCAGAGCCCCGUCUAUUUCCCAUUAAAGACAUUUCAGGUUGCAUGAUCACCCCUAAGCCACUCAUCCUCUGUGAAAAUGGACCAUCAAUGGAACCUGGGCAGAGUUUGAAAAAAGAAACCUCACCAAAAAAGGUCCAGAACAACCAGCAGCAGAGCAAAGUACUUUGUGAAAUCUGCUUCCUGUGUUUCAGGACUGUGCCAGGUUUGAAGAGACAUAAAGCCAUGAAACAUGCAGCCAGAAAUGAAAAGCCAAUUGGCCUACCAAGCACAACAUCAGAUAAUCAGGGGAUGUCGCUUAUUUAUGAAGCAUCACAAACUGGAGAGAAGGAACAUAAAGAUUACGCACAGUCCUCCCAGACUCAAAUAGAUGAGAGGACAGAGACCAAUACCACCCUAAUAUUGAAAGCGUCGGCGAAUGAGUCAACCAUGGAGGAAAUGGCAGCCAAGGAAAGUGCAGUGGCAGAGGAUGAAAUAGGCAAUCAAAAUUUUCCACUGCCAACCAAAACGAAAAACAACAGCAAAGCUCGGAAGAACAAAAAUAGCAAGGAAAACUCAAAGCUUGACCCCUUCUCAGAUGAGCUUUUGAAUAUAUUAAAAACAGACCUCCUUCAGGCUAUAACUCCCGAGUUUAAAAGCAGUGCGCUGCUAGAGCAAGAACAGCCUGACAGACAUGGAACUGGAACAGAGGAAACACUUCUCAGUGUGACUUCAAACUCUGGCUCAGAGAAUACAUCCCCAUCUCCAACUGAAAAGACAAAUGUUCUCAGUGAAAGUGCAGGAUUCAAUCGAAUCACAGAUUCAGACAAGAUUUUAUGCACAGGCCUGAGUGAAGAUGUGAAAGAGGAAGUAUGUACAAAUAAUAAUCCAUUGCUAGAGGACAGCAUGACCAACAAACACCACACAUCCAGAACGAGUCUGUGUGCUGAGAUUGAUGAACACGAACAAUCAGAUGACAGACUUGCCCAAGAGAUUCUUAGAAAAGUGGCAGUAGAAGUCAAGGGCGAGCUAAAUGGCGUCUUGUCAGAUGAGCUACAUGCAAUAGCUUGUUUGGCUCCGCCUCCCCUCUCUCCUCCCGGCAUAAGUCCCGAUCUGAAGGCCUUACUUGACGACGACACCAUAUUCUCACAGUUGUUUCCGAGAGACGACGAGGCAAAAAGGAAAAAGUGCCCGAGAGUUUAUGGGAAAAGAAAUAAAAGACAGAAGCUUUCAUUUGAUUCAGAUGUCACUCAGGACUACACACCUCCAACAGAAACACACACUACAACCCCUCACAUGGAAAAGCAAACAGAUAAGACACUCAGUGACAACCAAACAACCCCCUGUGAAUAUGAGACUAUAUCUAUUGAUGAUACCAUCAUGUUAAACAUGUGUCAUAACAGUGCGCUGAAGGGCCCCGAAGUUAAGUCAGUGUCUGAUGAUGAACAAAAUCAUCAAGAGGACCGACGAAACAACAACCUUUUAAAUCCAUUUCAAAGCAGUGUUGAUCAAGCUUCAAUUGAGUGGGGUAGCUCUCAGGACUUCAGUGUAGACUCCAUGGUGACCUCUGAGACGAUCACGAGUAGAGGAAAGGCUUCAACCCCACCUUGCUCUCUGCCCCAGCAGGGUGAUGCCUACGCUGUAGAGCAGUGUGUCACAGAGAGUGCUCAUAACCUCCACAUUGACAUUCAAAACAUCAACACCACCUUUCAACUACCUGAAAUUCAGUUCUUUGAGUCUAGCAAAGAUGUCUCAGUGGCUCCUCCCACUGCAAGUGGUGACAUGGAAAACAAGGAUGAUGAAAAGUCUAAAAAAGUAAUGGAGCGGCGAGGCCGAAAGCGACAAGAAGUUGGAAUAAAGGUUAAAGAUAAGCAGUACAAAUGCAAGGUGUGCUUUACUUGGUUUCUCACGCUUGGUGAGCUCAACUUUCACAAGUUGUCCCACAAUCCAUCCCCACCUCCAACCUGCUACAUGUGUGUCCAACGCAAGUUCAGCUCCAGGGAGCAGUUGAGAGACCAUCUUUGGGAGAAGCACGCAAAAAAUAAAACUGGGAUUUGGACUUGCGGAAUGUGCUUGAAGGAGAUCUCUGACGUGUGGAUGUACAAUGAGCAUCUGCGAGAGCAUGCCACUCAGUUUGCUCGCCGCGGUCAGACUCAGGGCUCCAUGUUGACCAUUCCAGGCUGUUUCAUGCAGGAAACGGCCGUCAAGAACUUCAUCACCUCCAUCAUGCAGCACCGGCCUAGCAAAGCCAACAGAGAGACCAACAAAGCCACUAAAGAACAAGAAAAAACAGUUACUGCGAACAGCGUUUCGGAAGCGGGCAACCCCCCAGAAGGGGCUGAGCCAAAGCUCCACAAAUCAAAAGGCAGUGGUGGAGGACGUGGCAGCAAGAAUACACUGACCUCACUUGAAGUCCUUCACAAAACCGAAGCACCUAAAAGUGUGGAGAUGCAUCCCAACUGCAAGGACCCCUCCAGAGACUGCCACCACUGCGGGAAGCGGUUCCCUAAGCCCUUCAAACUUCAGCGACAUCUGGUGGUGCACAAUUUGGAGAAGAUUUUUCUGUGUCACAAAUGUCCUGUUUCAUAUCAAGAGGCCCAGGACCUCAAAGAGCAUCUGAAGAUAGCACACAAGGAAGCAGACGAGCUGGAUUCCAAGCACACAACCCUCUACACAUGUGAGCUGUGUGCAGAUGUCAUGCAUGUGAUUAAAAAGUCGUUCAUCUGCAGCACCUGUAACUACACCUUCUCAAAGAAGGAGCAGUUUGAUCGCCACAUGGAAAAGCACCUGUCAGGGGGAAACAAAAUCUUCAAAUUCCGAGGUGUUCAUAGGCCUGUCAAAGCGUCUUUGUGCAAUGAAGAUGAAUGUGAUUCCCCUGCAAGUAAAAAGAGAAGGAUUUUCUCCGACAGUCAGCAGGAGAAUAGCACAGACAGUGGCAUUGCCAGUGUGGGCUCGCUGCACCUAAAUCAAGCCUCGGAGACUCCUAAAAUGACUGUGCCCAUGUUAGAUGACGCUACACAGACCACCACUAAUGACUACCACAGUGACACAAACAGCACAAAUGUGAAGACUGAGGACAUUGCUGAGGAUUACUCUAAUCUUCUGGUCGAGCUGGAGAAAUGUAUUUCUAUGGGCUCCUCGUCUGCUGCCCCCAAGGAAGAGGAAAUUGACGGGACACCCACAGCAAAUCUCGACAAAGAAGGCAAUAGAGAAUCGACACCCAAACCAUGUGAUGUGAAAGAGGAGAACGAGUCUGUGUGCAUUAGAGUGGAGAACCCCCUCUGGUCACCAGAGAGAAAGAGUGUGAGGGAGGAGACAACAGAAGUGAAUGACGACUCAGCUUAUGGUGGCAGAGAAACAAGUGGUUCCCUUCCACCAAGUAAAGACUCAUUCAGCACCCUGAGAGAACAACAAGUCACUGCAAAGGCACCAGAUUCACAGCUAACAGCUGAUGUGGUGGCCGAGCAUGAUACACACAGAGCUGCAAGUAAACAACAAGCUUCACUUAAUGGGGCAGAACAGAAGGACAAAGUCAGAUCAAGUGACAACGCUAAACCCGGCAUGAAGGCUACAGAAUCAACGCACGUCCUCCAAUCCAAGGCUUCGGCCACCUCUUCGCCAUCAAAUGAGGAGAAAGAAUCCCAGAGAGUACAGAAGAAGAGAAAGGAUGUCAAAUCCCCACACUGCCUGCAGAGAGUUUCUAUCCCAGCGACUCAGGAGAACUUUUGCGUGGACUCGAAGGCCAAAAAGAAGUACCACCCCAGCAAGUGUUUGAAUCCCUCAACGCAAAGAAAAUUUGACGGCCCCAACGACUACCCCGUUCUAGCUUCAGUGCGGGACGAUGUUGUGAGCAACAAAAUAGUAUCUAAAUGCAAGACGUCACCCUUGGGGUUGCAGUUAAAACGAAGUUUGCUGGAUAGCUGUACACCAAAGAAAGCUGACAUUGUGGCCCCUCUUCACGGAGAUUACAAAAGCAAAAAGGGAACUAUGGGACGGCCCCUGCACACCUCCAUUUCUAAGGUGUCUUCUGUUCCCAUGAACAAUUCCUCAAACAAAUCCAGGCCAAAGCAGGGCGUUAGGUCAGUAGAGAGCCACUCCUACAGGACAGCGGAGUCCCAAAACCACCUCCUAAGCCAGCUGUUUGGCCAGAAACUCACAAGCUUUAAGAUUCCUUUAAGGAAGGACACGUCCGAAUCUAUUAACUAAGCGGACAUUGAGGGGCCUGUGAAUGAAAAACAUUUCACAGUUCUUGAGAUUUUAUACUUAAUUCAUUAUGGUGAAUGAGAUUGCACAGCUCUUUUCUGUGAAAUGCUAUCUUAAAUACAUAGUCACUUUAUGUCUUCUUUGUACAUGUGCUUGUAUCACACAAAUGUGAGGACAAACGCCAAAUAUGAAUUUUUUUCAAAAAAUGAAAAUGUUAUUCAUAAAAAUCUUUUCUGCUUUUUUUUUUUAAUAUUAUCAGUUCCAGAGAUUAUAUUUCAGAUGUCUAUAUAAAAAAGAAAAAGAAUACUUGAAAAGACAGUCAAAUACAUCUUUUUAAGAAAUGCAUGUUCAUUUUGCAUUCUUUCACACGGUCUAAUCCGUGUACGUCUUUCUCCGAAAGGACCAAAUGAUGUAAUUGUUGACCUGGACUAUUGUCCCUGUAAAUGCUUCCAAUAUAUUAUUGUAACAUUACUGCACUGCGUUCUAUUAGCCUUUUGUAUAAACGUUACAUGGUGCUACGUUGUGUUUGAUUGUAAUGUGAAUGCCAAUGUCCUCAGAAGGGAACAUGAGACCUGUAGCAGUUAUACAGCACAUUGAUCACAAAGUGUGUUUACUGGUUCAUUCGAGAUACUGUGUAAACUCUCCAAGGGCUCCACCUGCAGGCUGCUCCAAGACUACAUUAGGAAAGAUUCCAUUGUAUAAACUCAGGUGCAUACAAGGGCUUCGCCGUCCUUCCACCUGUAUUCGGAGUUCUUCCCAUGCACUGAUAAUACCAAACUCUCUCUCUCUCACACACACACACACACACAAUCAUCUGUGUCAGCAACUCCAAACUGUUUAAUACUGAAGAGUAUUUACUUGGACAACAAAAGGUGCUUUAUUUUGUUCAUACUGUAUGUAACUUGUUUUGUAUAAUAUUGUAGGUAGGUCAUUGUCUGAUGUAAUGCUUCAUGUCAAAGUUUUAUUUUAAUAAUGUGCAAAAGAAUGACAAGAAAGGGAAGUGCAGUCUGUGCCUCGUGCAAGCUGUAAAGUGGAUCACCAAGUGCCUAUUUUAUAGUUGUUAUUAAAUAUCUGUAUCGAU